AUGUCAAGGGAUGAAGCUAUCAAGAGUGCUUCCAUUUAUUUCUCAGAGGUUCCAGAUAGGGUGAAGGCGAGAGAGAUAUUUGGGUUGUUUGGUUGUAUCGGGGAGAUAGUCGAAGUGGUGAUACCACCGAAGAGAAACAAACUUGGUAAAAGGUUUGGUUUUGCCAGAUUCAAGGAUGUGGAGGAUGUCAGAAGGUUGGCAGUCAAGCUAGACAAUGUGUUCAUCGAUGGGACGAAGAUUCAUGCGAAUCCCCCGAGAUUUGAGAGGAACAACAAUGGAGAAGUUGAUUUAGGAAGGGAGAAAGGUAAAGACAACGUACAAGCACAUUUACAGAGGAGAAACAUCAGAGGGGAAAACUCUUUUGUGGACGCGAGGUCGUUUGCAGACGUCGCCGCAUAUCAGAAGAAGGAAUGUGUGAUGAAGGAAGCGAAGGUGGACUUGGAGUUCGUUUCUGAUCCAGAGGUUUCAGUUAGGCUGUCCAAGGCAUACACCAGUAAGGUUGUUAACCCUGGAAUGACUUAUAACAUUCAAACCUGCUUCGAGUUGGAAGGAUAUUUUUCAAUUAAGGUAACUUCGUUAGGAGCUAACUUAUGCUUGCUAGAAGAAGUUAAAGAAGGUGACAUUGAGGCUCUGAUAAGGGAGGGGGAGGUAUGUUGGAAACAGUGGUUUUCUGAGAUUAGAAAAUGGAAAGCGGAGGAUAUUGAUGAAGAAAGGGUGACUUGGUUGAGGGUUUUUGGUGUACCCUGUCAAGCCUGGAGUUUUGAAUUUUUUGAGCUAUUGGCGAAUAGAGUUGGUUCUUACAUUUGUGCAUAUGAACAAACUUUGAAGGCGAUUAAUAUGGAUGUGGAAAGGUUCAUGGUUCGUACUUGGUGUUCAAGAGUCCUGAAUGAAGUAGUGAAGGUGCAUAUUGACGGUGUCCUUUUCAAAAUCAAGAUAGUUGAAGAUUUGCACGGGCCGAUUAGGAUCAAUCUUAACAGCAAGGGAUCGAAUCCUGAACAAAGGGUAGAAGACUUUUCAGAUUCAGAGAAGUCUUGGAACUGUGAAGAUGAAGCCUUCGAGGAAAGGGAGGAGAUCGACGGUUUUUCAGAGGAUUCGACGGUGGGAAAUAAAAAGUUAGUGGGUUUGGAAAUUGAAAAGAGUGUAUCAAUGGAAGCUCAACUUAUGGAUGAGGUAAACAAAUAG